CCUAUUUUUUGUCCAUUUCAGAUUGUUUCGAUUAUUCUUAUUUUAUAUUGUUUUGAUUGUUGAUUGCUGCUUCUUCGCAAUUCUAGGGUUCAUGUACAAUUUUCAAUCCUUUUUAUCGCUCAAACACGGAUAAUUCUAUGCUUAAUUAGAUUUUUUAGGGUUCUUUGUCCAUAUCGUUAACGAUCCCUAAAGUCUCCCAAGCAUGGACAACUCAACGAUAACCGGCCGUCUGCUUCACGGGACUUCUUCUAUAACGCUCGAUCUCGAUCCCUCAAUCAACAUAUGCCAUCACGGCGGAUCUAGCCAAGUUCAGGCUCGGCCAGCUGUUCCCAAUUGCCAUGUACUACCAAGCCACGGCACCUCUCCCUCUCCCAGCGAUGAAGAAGACGAUUCCUUCGCUUUUGGCGAGAGCGCUAAGCAGGAAUCCCAAUGGCAUCGGAUGAAAUGGACUGAUGAGAUGGUUCGUCUCCUUGUCACCGUGGUUGCUUUCAUCAACGAUGAAGGCACGCCUGACCCAGUCGAAGCUGCUGCGCGGCGGCGAUCCAUUCUUCAGAAGAAAGGCAAAUGGAAAGCUGUCUCCAAGUUAAUGAAGGAAAAGGGUUGCUUUGUUUCUCCUCAGCAAUGUGAGGACAAGUUCAAUGACCUCAAUAAAAGGUACAAGAGAUUGAAUGAGAUCCUUGGCCGUGGAACUACUUGCAUGGUUGUGGAAAACCCGGCUUUGUUGGAGUCGAUGACAUAUGUUUCUGCCAAGAUGAAGGAGGAUGUGAAGAAGAUAUUGAGUUCGAAGCAUCUGUUUUACAGGGAGAUGUGUGCUUAUCACAAUGGGCAGACGAUACCGGAUUCACAUAUUUUUGGACUGAAGAGUGAAAUUCUAGCAUGUUCUGGCAUUUUGCCUGAAGUUGGUCAGGAUAGUGAGGAUGGGGACGAUGAUGACGAGAAGAGUGAAGAGUAUGGGCAAUUGGAUAUUGAGGAGUUCCUUGCUGAAAUUGAUUUGGUGUUUCAGGACAACAAUAGAACAGCUUCGGAGAAGUUGGAUUGGUUCCAAAGACGGGCAUUGCAAAUUAAACAGGAGAGAUUGGUGAUUUUGUCUGAUGCUUUAGAAUUGAAGAAGAGGAACUUUAAGUGGCAGAGGUUUCGGAGCAAGAAGGAUAGGGAAAUGGAGAAGAUGAGGCUGGAGAAUGAAAGGUUGAUGAAAGAGAAUGAAAGAAUGAUUCUGGAGUUGAGGCAAAAGGAACUGGAGUUUACUUCUUGGAGGUCGAGGGAGGCAAGUGAUCCUGCAGCUUAUAGAAUGGAUAUGGAGCAUUGAAGCGAUCAUUUUGGAAGGAAUCAUAAAGUCUUAUAAAGUUUUACUAUGAUGCUUAGAGAUAGAGAAUGAGAGGGUGAGAGAACGGAAGAGAUUGGAGGUCAUAGGGGUCAAUAGAAGUUUGUC